AUGUCCGGCGCAAGACACUGGGAGCAGGACAAAGAAGCCACUGUCUAUAUUGGCAAUUUGGACGAGCGGGCGACGGACAGCUUGGUAUGGGAACUCAUGCUGCAGGCUGGGCGCAUUGUGAAUGUUCACCUUCCCAAAGACCGCGUGACCCAGACACAUCAAGGAUACGGGUUUGUCGAGUACAUCAGCGAGGAGGAUGCCGAAUACGCCUCGAGGAUCAUGAACGGAAUUCGUCUGUACGGAAAGCCCAUUCGUGUGAAUAAGGCCUCCGCAGACAAGCAGAAGUCAGUCGAAAUCGGCGCCGAGCUCUUCAUUGGAAAUCUCGAUCCUAUGGUUUCCGAACAAAUUCUUUAUGACACGUUCAGUCGAUUCGGAACAUUAACGAAUCUUCCCAAGGUGGCGCGGGAUGACAACAACCUCUCCAAGGGCUACGGAUUUGUAUCAUUUGCUGAUUUUGAGUCCUCCGAUGCGGCAAUCACCAACAUGAAUGGCCAGUACCUCAUGAACAAGCAGGUUUCAGUGCAAUAUGCCUACAAAAAGGAUGGCAAGGGAGAGAGACACGGUGACGAAGCUGAGAGGACGCUGGCCGCCCAAGCCCGAAAACACAAUGUACGUCCACCAACCCAGCAAGUGGCGCCUCCUCAAUUCGCAACGGGGGCAGCCGCUUCAGCUCCUCCUACUGGCCCUGGCGCUCCUCCAGCGGCCACUCUCAAUGGCGAAGCAGCACGACCCAUAAGCACCGGACCGCAGACGCCCGACUUGGGUAUGGGCAGAGGUAUGCCCAUGCCUAUGCCGAUGAAUUACCAGAACGUGCCUCCUCCCCCACCUCAACAAGGGAGGCUUAGUGGCCCGCCUGCAUCGUCAUUGACGAAUCCUCCCCCCGGUCUACCCGCCCGACCUCCGCCAUCGCAAGCAGGAUAUGGCGGGCCACAGGCCUACAUUCCACCCGCAUACAAUGGUACCGGUCCCCAAGCUGCCUUCCCAGCACCUCCGGCCGGGGUCCCCGUACCGCCGCCAGGAUUUGCUCCUCCUGGUUUCGCACCACCCCCGGGAGGCCCGGUGGCCCCGGGUGCACCCCCUACGCUUCCACCUGGCUUUCAGCCGCCAGGAUAUGGAGUUGGGCGCUGA